AUGGCUGUAUUGGCUCAAGUUGAUACCUCAACCUCUGGAAGACAAGCAUUUUUCAUAUUGACGAUGGCCGUCGUUUUUAUUUUUAGCUUUUUUGGUAGCGCAUUAUUUCAAUCAAGCUUUCUAGGAUUAGUUAGUGUAUUUCCUAGAAGAUAUCCACAGUCAGUGAUAUCUGGCAUGGCAUUUUCUGGAUUUUUUGCUGCUGUAGGUGGAAUAGUAUCUUUAUCUGGACAGAAAAAUGCUAAACGUUUCUAUCAAUACGAGGAAGAAUAUGAUAGCGAUGAUGAUAUAAACAGCAAUCCUCAAUGUGCUAAGACGCAUCAGAAAUUUAGUUAUGUUUGGUAUCUUCUAAAAAAGUUUCUGUUAGGAAUAGCACCCGGAAAACUAUUCGUCCUGUUUGCUUAUCUACUAUGCGCAUUAGGCGAUUUCGUCGGAGCGGCAGUUGCGCUAUGGAUAUUAUUGCCUAGACCUGAUCAAGAUAAAGUUCUGUUGCUUCUGAAUGUACUAAGGAUGGUAUUUCUUCCAGUCUUUUUAUUAUGUAAUGGUCACCCGCGACAGUACUUACCCGUAUUGAUCAACAAUGAUGCACCAUAUAUGAUUUUAGCGACAGUGUUAGGCUUAUCUAAUGGCUAUUUUAGAACAUUAGCGACGAUAUAUGCCCCAAAGAAAGUAUGUCCUCGAUAUCGAGAAUCUGUGGGUGCAAUUAUGUUCUUUUUUAAUGUAGCAGGCGUAGGAGCUGCAUCUUUAGUCGCUUUCUUAUCCUGCAGUAUUAUGUAA